GGUUGUCGUGGGUGGAGUCAUGGCUGGCAGACUACAACAGGGACUUGGAAGGGUUGAGGCGGGCUAGCUCGGCGGCCCUGUGGGAGACGCUGCUCCAUCAGAGUACAGAGGCCAACAUCCGCCUGCAGGAGACCCAGGCCAACAUAGCUGAGUGGAUGCGCGUGCGGGUGCGGGAGGCAGACAGGGUGCGGCCAUGGGCUGCAGGUAGGAAGGAACGCCGCAUGCUGCAUCUCAUCACCCGCGGCCCGAGGUACACCGCAUCUCAGGCCAGACGCUUGUCGUCGCUGGUGUCUCGUAUGAGGGGCUGCUAUUCGACGCUCAUCCUCACCCACGGCCUUCACACCUACCGCGGCGAGCGUGACAUCACCACACUUAUGAGGACUUCUCGAGACCCCGACCUUCUGCUGUGGGCGUGGGUAGCGUGGCACAAUGCUCUGGGCCCGCCCAUCCGCCCACUUUUCACUCAAGCGGUCACCAUUAUGAACCAGGCAGCCCGGAUGGGUGGGUACGAGGACAUGGGAGCUGCUUGGCGGUCGGAGCUGGAAUUUGAUCAAGAUGCGGACGUGUGGGCGGCAGUCGACCAAGUGUACAACCAAGUCUCCCACCUGUACACCUUAUUACACGCCCAUGUUCGCGACGCACUCAUCAGACAGUAUGGCAAAGAAUUAGUGGACCCAGCCAAGCCUAUCCCAGCUCAUCUAGCAGGAGACUUGUGGGGACAAGACUGGUCGUCUAUGUUAGAGUUGAUCCUUCCUGACCACCACGACCACACGCUUGUCAACGUUACCGGCAGCAACAGGGGGACCAACGUCACUACCAGAGAAAUGGUCAAGGAGGUCGACAAGUUCUACCAAGGUCUGGGAUUUCCGCCGCUAACGGAGAAGUUCUGGUCGAAGUCUGUAUUGGGGGAGGACGAGUGGCCAGGCAGGGGGGCGUGUCACCCUCGCUCCCUCGACAUGUUCUCUCCGGGGGACUACAGGAUGAUGAUGUGUGAGACGGGAGGAGAGGAGGGUGUUCAUGUUGCCUACCACGAGCUGGGCCACGUUCACUACUUCCAAGCCUACACCACCCAGCCUGCUGUGUUCAGGGACGGGGUCAACUCUGCCUUCCAUGAGACUGUAGGAGACACCGUCCACCUGGCUGCUAUGAGCUCGUCCUCCCACGUCACCUCCCGUCACAACACCGUCACACCCAUCAACCGUAAGGUGUUGAGAGAGCUCCUGCAAGUGGCGCUGACGAAGCUGCCGCUCCUCGCCUUCGCCAGAGUCGUCGAUGAGUGGCGUUGGAGAGUCUUCCAGGGCACCGUGCGGGAGGAGGAGUACAACACUGCCUGGUGGCUGCUGAAGCUGCGGUACCAGGGCCUGGCGCCCCCCACACCGCGUUCUGAACACUACUUCGACCCUGCCGCCAAGUUCCACGUCCCUGAUAACACACCUUACGUCAGGUACCUGGUGGCAGUGGUGGCACAGUUCCAGGUGCACCGAGGGCUGUGUGAGAAGGCCCAAGGGCGACCUCUCCUCACGCCCCCUCACACCUGUACCAUCGCUGGUUCACACGCCGCCGGGAACCUCCUCAGGCGGGUUAUGGCGGCAGGGUCCUCGGUGGGGUGGAGGGAGCUGCUGCAGGAGCUGACGAACAACACUCACCUGGACGCCGAGCCCUUGAUCACCUACCUGGCGCCCCUCACACGUUGGUUACAUGAGCAGGCCCUCACCAGGAACCUCACUCUAGGGUGGUAACACUGCCCAGGAGCCUCGCUCUACGGUGGUAACACUGCCCAGGAGCCUCAUUCUAGGGUGGUAACACUGCUUAGGAGCCUCAUUCUAGGGUGUAACACUGCACAGGAGCCUCAUUCUAGGGUGGUAACAUUGUCCAGGAGCCUCAUUCUAGGGUGUAACACUGCACAGAAGCCUCAUUCUAGGGUGGUAACAUUGUCCAGGAGACUCGCUCUAGGGUGGUAACACUGCCCAGGAGCCUCAUUCUAGGAUGUAACACUGCCCAGGAGCCUCGCUCUAGAGUGGUAACACUGUUCACUGUAUACACAUAUCAACACUGAUCUUUGAAUUCAUAAAUAUUAAAAGGAAAUAUUCAGGAGGCACUACUUUAUUAUUCCCCCACAAUGAUGUAUUCCUCCGCUUCAUCAACUAAGACCAACUAGUCAUCAACAGUGAACAGAAGAGACUAGAGGCCAACCACUAGUGUUCACCUCACUCUUAAGGAACUUAUUAUGUCAGGUAUUCACACACAACAAAACACACUACAACGUAUUCUCAUACAUGUGUAUCAAUAUCUCACAGUGUAGAACCAAGACAGUUAAAUGAAUAAUGUAUAAUUGCUGUUCUUGUUGAUGUAUACAUAGAAGUUCAGCUAUACAUAUCUGAGUGUGGAUGUUUCAUGGUGAUGUGGCUGAGGAUGAGGUUGACUUUACUGAAGAACUGAAGGCUAGCAAUACAACUGACUCAUUUCCUAUUAAAAUUCUAUUUAUUUAGAAAUUUUUAGAUAAUAAGGUUUCUAAUUUUUCUCCCAAUAUUGGUCUUUCCUCUCAUAAUCCUCCCCCACCAAGCUGUAUCCA